CGCUGUCGCCUCCGAGCUCUCACAGAACUACUGCAUCCCGAGACUUCGACUUCCUGUUCACGAGCGUCGAGUGAUACCAGACCCCGGCCCGGAGCUAGAAUAUAGAAUCUCUUCUUCCCCGCAUUUUCGGCAUCGACAUCAACAACAUCUACAUUCCAUCAACAACAUCAUGAACGGCAGCAGCGCGGAUGUCAAUGGCAAGGCACCACUCGACAGCGGUAGCAAUCAUUCGCGACACGGAGGUGUUGAUCCUCUUGUCAAGGUCCAGCCGCCACGCAGAGAGGACUUGCAGCCAAGCUAUGCACAGGUCAUCAAGCCAGAUACGGAAGAUGCGUCGCAGCACGGAUGGUAUGGUUCUAUGGUGAACGCGCUUGGUUCCUGCAUCGGCACUCUCGGAGCCAUUCCAUGCUGCAUCGUCUGCCCGAACCCAUAUAAGCCGGUCGCGCAAGGAAACGUCGGUCUCGUCACGAAGUUCGGACGAUUCGCAAGAGCCGUAGACCCAGGUCUCGUCAAGAUCAACCCUCUCUCCGAGAACCUCAUUCAGGUCGACGUCAAGAUCCAGAUCGUAGAAGUGCCAAAGCAAGUCUGCAUGACCAAGGACAACGUCAACUUGACCCUCACAUCUGUCAUCUACUACCGCAUCACGAGCCCACACAAGGCUGCAUUCGGCAUCUCCAAUCUCCGCACCGCUCUCGUUGAGCGUACCCAGACCACUCUUCGACACGUUAUUGGUGCUCGCGUUCUGCAGGAUGUCAUCGAGCGCCGCGAAGAGAUCGCGCAGUCUAUUCGAGAGAUCAUCGACGAGACCGCCACUGGCUGGGGUGCUGAGGUGGAGAGUAUGCUUAUCAAGGACAUCAUCUUCAGCCAAGAACUUCAGGACAGCUUGUCGAUGGCCGCCCAGAGCAAGCGUACUGGUGAGGCCAAGGUCAUCAGCGCACGCGCCGAGGUUGAGAGCGCCAAGUUGAUGCGUCAAGCCGCCGAUAUCCUGUCUAGCGCACCAGCCAUGCAGAUCAGAUACCUUGAGGCUAUGCAGGCAAUGGCCAAGAGCGCGAACAGCAAGGUCAUCUUCCUGCCAGCGCCGAACCAGAGCAUGCAGGCACAGCUCGCUGCCGCUGAUUCUGUUGGUGAGGGACCAAGCAAGUACCAGGACUACGGCACUACGAACGAGAACUUCCAGAUGGGCAGCAACAUCCCUGGAUUUGGGGCCUCUCAGAAUGCCCGAGUCAUUGAGAACAUGUAAUUGAGCAGCAUCAUGAUUUGCGCAAGUUUGGGAUACCCGGUUUGAUUGACGAAAGGCUCUAAGCAGAUUGUAAUGAUUAUGAAUACGGUGUGAUACCCAUGCAGUUUUAUAGUUCAUGUAUAAUGAUUUCGACGACCACAGGCCCUAUGCCACUCUCUGCUACAGUAUAGUUGC